GGGGUAAAGACGGAGGCAAGUCGCGCAGGUGUUCGUACGUGGUGUAUUCUUUGGCUCGGUCGCUGUCCGCUUACAAUCUUCUUUCGCGGCUCCGCCUUUCCUGUCGGGGGUCCUGCCAUCUAUCUGUCUGCGAGCGUAUAACAGAUAGAUGUCUCUUUUUUUGUUGGGUCGUUCUCUGGGGUCGAAAGGGGCAAGAAGCACAAGGGAGAAGAGGUGCCGCAUGUGCCCUGGCCGAUGAAAGAUGCGAUUCGCCGACAAGGUUGGACCAGGGGUUUGGUGUAGAAUGGUGGCUUGGAGAGAACAAGCAACACCGGUCUCGCAAGCAGACUCAAAGUUGGGAUUAGGCGUGUCUCGGUGCAUUGACGUCGGCGGUGGGUUUGAUGCCGCCGCCGCCGUGUCAACGACGAAGGCUCGACAGUGCGCGAAGAGGGCUUCCCACCAAUUCGGCAGCAGGAGGGCCUCUUUGUCGCAGAUAGAAACGGGGGGCAGGCUUCGUCGUACGAUGGCGGGAGGGGGGGGGCUGAAGGGGAGUUGGGGUUUGUUCCUUGCGUUCGCCAUGGCGGGCGUUGGUUUCGCCCGAGAUUUCGUAUGUAAAUCCAGCGCCGGGAGAGAGGAAGCGAAAUCGGAAACGCAUCAUUGUCGAGAAACCCAACCCCCUGUAGGUAUCGUCGUCGUCCGAACGGUCCGCCGUUGGAUGUCUCAUGCCCCGAUGCCGAUCAGUGCCAUCCAGGGCGACACUUUGUUGGUGCCAGCGAGGCCCAGGCCGUCUCGGCCGCUGCGUACCUUGGGCGCCGCCGAUGACGAUGCGAUGUGCUCUCUGGCCAAGACUCGCCUUGGUGUAGAGUUUGGGCCCGGCACGCCACGCCCCGGGUGUCAUCUUGGGAGGUGUCGUGCCACCGUGGUCGAAUCCGGCCCAUCAAGUCUCUUCCGCAGGGAGACUCCCUGCUGUGAGUGUCUGUCGUCGUAUAUUGCCACACGUCGUCCAUCUUACAAUCCGCCCGGUGGGGAAGGGGGGGGGAGGGCAUAUUGUGAAGCGUAGUUGAACGUUUGCGUCUCGCGUCGCAUAUUCUGCGCGACUGCGAUGCCUCUCAGCCUAGGUUUAUUGCGGUGGUGUUGGGCGAGACGGUGCCAUG